AUGGCCCGGUUACACCUUUCGCGCACCGUCCAGAUCCCUUCCGAAGUCCAAGAGGCCUUGAAACAGUUCCGCUUCACUCACUCAAAGGGCAAUGCGGCUAUCUCGAUCAAGAUCGUAAAGGCGACCCUCACAAUGGUCGUGGAUGACGAGUUUAUCGGUGUCCCCAUCGAGGAGAUCGCUGAGGACCUUCCAGAGAACUCGCCGCGCCUCGUCCUGAUCUCGCAUCAACUUAAGCACAAGGACGGACGAGUGUCGUACCCUCUCAUUCUCGUCAAUUGGAUGCCGACGACAGCGCCCACUGACCUCAUGACGCUGCAGGCGUCUUCGUUGUCGUACUUUCAACAGACAGCCGAGGUGGCCAAGGUCCUCGAAGUGCGCGACGGCGAGGAAGGCCUCUCAACGGAAGCCGUGAACGCCAAGCUGCUCCAAGCCUAA